GGAGCGGCAGGCGCCGGACCCCCAGCGGAGCGACAGGUCUCGGGCCCCCAGGGGCGAAGCGGGCGGGCACCGAGUCACCAGGGCACGACAGUGGGCUCCGAGAGUCAACAUGGCAUGACCGCUGGCACUGGGUCAGACAUUGGAUCGUCCCUGGCUGGACAGCGGCAUCGGGUCACCCAGGCAUCAGGUCAUUUGGCUCGACAGCGGGCAACCGCGUCAUCUGGCAAGGCAGUGGGCUCCGAGUCAACUGACAUUGGAUCGUCUGACAGGACAGCGGGCAUUGGGUCACCAGGCAUCAGGUCCAUUUGCUCGACAGCGGGCAUCCGGGUCACCAGGUAUGACAGGGGCAUCGGGUCACCAGGCAUCAGGUCAUUUGGCUCGACAGCGGGCACCGCGUGCAUCUGGCAAGGCAGUGGGCUCCGAGUCAACAGGCACGGGACAGUGGGCAUCGGGUCACCAGGCAUUGGAUCGUCUGGCUCGACAGCGGGCAUCGGGUCACCAGGUAUGACAGCGGGCCCUGGAUCACCAGGCAUCAGGUCAUUUGGCUCGCCAGCGGGCACCGCGUCAUCUGGCAAGGCAGUGGGCACCGAGUCACCAGGU